AUGAACAACGCUCGAGGCCUCGAUUGCUUUGUUGGGCUUUCUAAGCCUGUGAAAAGGGGAAAGAGAAGAUCAGACUAUGCUAAAAACCUAGGGCCAGGCAUGGUAAUGGAUGAGCACAGCCAGUUGAUCCCCAUCAAUAAAGAUGCCUAUGAAGUUCUUAAGAAAAGAGAGGACUGUCUAAGUAAUCUCAUUUACAAAAAGUUUGCUUGUACAUUGACCUUCGAAAGUACAAAGCGCACUGCUGAGGUAUACAGGAAAAAACUGAAGUAUGGAAUUGACAUUUGUGUUUGUAAGGAUGAUCUCACAAGACACAGGGUCGAUGCUUUGGUGAACGCAGCCAAUGAAUGUCUAGAUCAUGCAGGAGGCCUUGCUUUAGCCCUUGCAAAUGCUGGAGGGCCAGAAAUACAAGAGCAAAGCAAUCUUUUUAUUCAAAGGCAUGGAUUACUCAGAGCUGGCAAAAUAGCUGUGACAGAUGGAGGGAGGCUUCCUUGUAAGAAAAUUAUUCAUGCAGUUGGCCCAAAGUGGACCGCUUAUGAAGGGGAAAGAUGUUGUGAAGUACUUCAGGAAGCUAUUGUGAAUGUCCUGAAGUACGUUAGUGCUCCAGAAAAUGAUAUAAAGUCUGUGGCUAUCCCAGCAGUGAGUUCAGGUAUUUUUGGCUUCCCACUCAGUUUGUGUGCUCAAAUGAUUGUAAUGGCUAUAAAGAGGUUUGUUGAGUCAAGUCCACCAAGCUGUCUCAGAGAAAUCCGCCUGGUGAACAUUCAUGAGCCAACAGUUGCAGAAAUGAAGAAGGCCUGUGAAAACCUUCUGGAUGAUACCAGUUCACUCCAAGGAACUCUUUCCGCUUCACCAAGCCAGUGUUCAGCUUACAUCAAACUUGGAGGCAUUCGCUUGUGCAUUGUAAGAGGACUCAUUGAAGAGCAGAAGACUACAGCUAUUGUUAAUUCUAUGUCUGUGAGUGGUGAUCCUUACUCUCCAGUUUCAAAACAACUGCUGCAAAAAGCGGGUUCAGCUCUUCAGGAUGAACUUCGGUCUCACCUUUCUUCGUCUUACAAGGAACUCAUAGUAACAAAAGGGUGUAAUCUGCCCUGUGAGUUUGUACUGCACAUUGUAUGGCCGACAUACCACAGCGUGUCACCGUGUGAGGAACUAAGAGCUGCAGUGAGACAAUGCCUGCGUUGCUUAAUGGAGCGGCAAUCUCCCUCAGUUUCUUUUGCAGCAAAUGGGAUUUGGAUGUUAAUGAUACCUGUUGAUAAAGUGGCAGAGAUCAUGAUUGAAGAGGUUUUGAAUUUUGCCAGGGCACACCCUCAGACGAAGAUAGAUGUUCAGUUUUUCUUUUGCCCAGAUGAUGACGAUGCCUAUCAGGUUUUCCAGAGAAAAUUUUAUUCAGCAGCACAAGAACUGGGAAAAAAGCAAUGUUAUGACAGAAGUGAUCAUUUGAGUACAGAGUCAGGCAGUCACAGUAUAAAAGAGACUGCAAAUAGUGAACCAGCUAUUGAACUUAAAGGGACCACACAUACAGCAGUGGAAGCAGCAGAAUCGUGGAUCCAAAACAUGCUACAAAUUCAGGAAAGUUGCUGUGCUGUUAUUGAAAACAACUACAUUUUUAGCCUCGGUAAAAAUGAGUUUGCAGAACUAUCUCAAGAGCAGCAUUCUAGCGUACGUGUAUCAGAAGAAGUGCGAGGUGGAAAAGCAAGACUGGAGUUUAAGGGCCCCGCUGCUGCUGUGAUUGAUGCAGUGCUCACAACUGAAAAACUGCUGCUUCGUAUGCAAGAGAAGACUACGGCCGAACAAGAGGAACUGCUGUACUUAAUGGGCCAACCAGAAGCAGGUCAGCUUUCAGAAGGACACCUUCACAGGACAAAUACUACUAAAUGCAUCCAGAUAUCGCUGGUGGAAUCACACCUUCAGGAGUUUAAAGACAGACAGAAACAGUUUGAAAAAGCUGGGCUUUGUGUUCUCAAGAUUGAAAAGAUACAUAAUCCCCUUUUAUCUGCUGCAUUCCAACAAAUGAAAAAAAAAAUAGAGGAAAAACAAUGUAGCUCCAGAAUAACCCACAAGUUGUACCAGUGUGUUCCUGCUCAGUUCUGUAUCUCGGUGUGCCAAACUGGAUUCCACAGGAUGUAUUCUCCACCAACAGAACAAAAAUAUGGAGCUGGCAUCUACUUUAAAAGGAACCUGAAAAGCCUAAUAGAGGAUAAAGAUACAGGGGAAACAGACCCUAAAAUGUAUGUGUUUGAGGCUGAUGUAUUAACAGGCUUGUACACUAAAGGUAACCCAUUUUACAUUAUGCCACCAGCAGUGAAGGGGGAUGCGAUUAGGCGAUACGACAGCUUAGUAGAUGACGUAAACAAUCCUGACACCUUUGUCAUUUGCAACAGUUUUGGGGCUCUUCCACAAUAUUUGCUGACUUGUUCCCAAGUGAGAGAGAGAGGUAUAUGGCCCUCUGAGGAAAUCAGCAGCAUCCUGAGUGACAAUUAA